AGUGAGUGUGAGCGAGUGAGUGAGUGGGGUUGGUGUGGUGGUGGUGUUCCUUUUCCCAACUCCUCCCCUCUUUGCUCUCCAGUUUCGCUCCGCAUCACCCGCUAACGCCACGGCGAUACCCCAGCGCCAUUUCCGUAGAUGCUUCCUCUGCAUCCCCACCCUUCCACUCUUCUCUCUGCUCUGCUCUCUCUCUCUCGCUUUAGCAUAGCUGUGUUUCUCUUCAGAGUCUCCAUAGUCUUGACUUCCGCUUCCCCCUCUCUCUUCCGAACCCAGCCAUCGCGCACCGCAGCAAAUACCCCAUUCUACUAGUGCUCGAGGUGCGGCACACCGGCUUCACUUCCCUUCCCUGUCUGCCUCCCUGCCGACGCAUCUUGGACUUCGGUGGUGUCUGGGUGCUGCUGUCUGUAGAUGUUGGGUGUGGACCUGUCUGCCCUCCCCCCUUGCUCUCUCUUGACGACGUGAUUGCCCUUACCAUCUUUGAGAGAUGCCCUACAUGACCCCAUGUGUUAAUAAAGCUUAGCAAGGUCUUCUGGGAGCGCACAACAAAAACACACUUUCAACUGGAUCACUUCUGAAUUUAGUGUCUAUUGACGAUUGUGACCAAAUCAAAGUUCGCGCGAGAACUUUAGAAGUAUCAGCUUCGAGCGGGAGGCUUGUUAGUAUAGUUAAUGAAUUUGACAAUAUCAAGCAUCCUUGAACAGGGCCGGCCCAAAUCAAAGAAUUGGUGGGAUCCCUGCGGAGGUGGCAAGGCGAGAGAGCAGGGGUUGCAGCUACCGAGCAAAAUAGACUCAGCAAGGGUCAAGAACGAAGUUGAUGAGAGCAAGUCUGAAUCAAGCCAAGAAGAAGAGAGGAAAGGAAUGCGGUUAGCGGCAAGAGAUGAUAGCGGUCAGAAUGCGCUUAAAUUUCGGAAUAUAGAUUUGAAUAAGGUGCCAUCCGCAUGGGAUUCAGAUGAUGUGAGUGUUGGCACUGGCGAUACUACUAUCUUUAGAGGAGUUCGGCACCGGCCUGAGUUGAACAAAUGGGUGACCGAAAUUCGACCCACAUCGCAGAAGCGCAAAAUCUGGCUGGGCACAUAUGAAACCCCUGAAGAGGCCGCGCGUGCGUAUGAUGUGGGCAUCUUCUACACCAAGAAGAAAAUCCCCUACAAUUUCGAGGAUUCGCCGCAGCAGCUGCAGCUCUACCCCAUCCCCCCAGAGCUUCCGUGGGAGAGCUUCGCCGCCCUUGUGAAGCAGAGGGCGACCUCGGCUGCUAAGCGUGCGAGAGUACCUUCUUCCGGCUAAAGAAAGAGGGAGAGAGGACAGAUAGACAGAGGCACGGUUACGUUAGCGGCGUCGGUUCUAGGUUGGACCCAGCAGUGCAAGCAAGACUGGUCGGCUGAGAAUUACCAUCGGAUGCGAACUCGCCAAUCCAUGUGGGCCAUGAUGUUGAUGUUCGAAUGAGUUGCUUAAAGGUUACGAGUUCCAACCACUUGAGCAUGAAGCGAAGCCCACACGGAGCAGUACAAUGGAGUUAAUACUUAGGUUGUAGGUGGUUUUGUUCAGAAUAAUAAUCAAUCUUCAUGGCUGUUAUGGCCAGCCGUUGGGGUGGUGUGUGCAUGGUGCACGUGUGCAGCAGCAGAAGAAGAGAAAUGUAUGUAUGUGAUUUUCAAUCGCCGUCCUCUUCAUCUUUUAUCAUGUUGUGCUCACACUUGAUAUUCUUUCUUGGACCAGCUGAAACCCUCUCCCUCUGUCACUGGACGUCAUGAUAGAUGAGAGAAAUGCAGGCAGAUCAGGAGCUUACAGUUCGUGAACUACUCUGUAAAGGCUGCCGAGUCCUCCAGCGAGGAAAUUGUAUAUUUUGAUGUGGUAGGACGGGUCCCUUGCAGCUGUUCAUCUCUGUAAAGCAUUUCUCUUAUGAACGACCACGAUCAUUCGUGCAGGGCACUGCUCAUGAGCUAGUUGUAAACA